UGCUACCUUUUUCUUCAUUUGAAGUGUCAAAAUGAACGAAUUGUCGUUUGAAGUAAACAGUAUGGAUAUUUGCCAAUAGAGUAUUUUAAAUAUGGUUAAAAUCAAAUAAUUAGACUAUAUUUUUAAUGUGAAAUUAAAACAUUUGAAAAUGUGGCCCAUGCUUCUGAAUUUGACACGCGACGAGUGUCGUCUCACGCUUCGGAGACUCGAAUUGGAAGCCUACUCGAAUAUGAUCAGUGUGUUUAGAGCACAAGGGCCUUUAGAAGACCACAGAAAAAAACUAUUGGAAGAAUUACGCGCCGUGUUACACAUAAGCCACGAUAGGCACAGUGCCGAGGCACGCCGCGUGUCUAACGACGAAUUACUGGCUACAAUUGCUGAAAGAUUAUCAGGUCCAAACACAGGCUUGGGAUGGAUAUGCGAGGGCAGAAGAAAAGUGCCUUUAUUACCACGUGGCAUUGCCCAAACAAUGUACACUGAAAUAGCAGACAAAGCAGCCGAGGCAGCCGCUGCUGAAAAUGCUGAAAUUCAAAAGAGGCUUCAGGCUCGAAAGCUUGUUGCCCCUAAAACAAAUGAAGAAGAAAUUAAAAGUGUGGAAGGACAAACUGCAGAGAGUGGACUUUCGUCAAAUGAAGGAAUGGAUGAGAGCAACUACCCUCCGGUUGCCAUGGAAGACCAGACAGCUAAACUAUGGGAAACAGAAUUAUUAAAUCAAAGGAAGAGAAAAGUCCCUGAAAGUGGUGCCAUACCAGCUGAAGGGUUAACACCAAUGAAGAGUAUGAGGAAUAUAAACAUCAACGCAAACCAGAAACAUCUCAAUUUAUCACAAAUAUAUUCUAAGUUGUCACAACCUGCACCUGUUGAACACAUAAGAGGUAAACCUCCAGGACAGUCUAAACAUUCGUAUAACCAAGUUAGUAAAAUAUCAUCAAGUAAACCAAGUCACUCUCACACACCGAGGUCAACGCCUCACAAACCCCGAACAACUAAAACCAGAAUGCCAAGUGCUCAUAAAAUGCAAAAGAAAACCACUGAAACACCUCCUUCUCCCAGUAAACUAUAUAAUCCUAACAUGCAAAUCGAAUAUUCAAGACCACCCAAUACUUUCCAAGCUAGUUAUGCUCAGUCUAUAUUAGGUUCAUUAGGCUCUAAGAAGAAAGAGGAUGUGAAACAGAAAGUUUUGACCUCACCUAGCACUAUGUCGGACUCGCCGACAAUGCAACUCCUAACGCAACCCGCGACGGCCCUAAAUGAACUACAAGUAUCCGGUGAUACACAUCCUGAAGAUCCGUCCUCGUUACAAGCCCAAAGUACUGCCCUAAAACCAACGUUAACUGGCAAGCCAUGUCAAUUUAUCAUAAAAAAUCGCGGUGACAUAUCAACCGAUAAAAAUACUAACCCGACUGAAGCAAAAUUGUUACAAAAGUCAUCGGACAGCUUAAAAAUAUUAUCCAGCAAACAGUUAGUCGUAGCUUCUAGUUCAACUCAAAAACUAUUGAAUACUCCCGGUAAACUCAUUACCACUAAAGUGAUCGGAUCUAUACCAAAAACGCGAACUAUUAAUACUCCAGUGACAAAUGAUAAAAUGAUUAUUGUUUCGAAAUCCCCGUCUGAAAUGAGAACUCCUAUGUCAAAAGUAGUGAUGGCAUCGAAUAUUGGUGUUAAUAAAGAGAGCGGGACGAUAACAGUCAAUAGCAUAUCAAAAAUGACAGAUGUAUUGACACCCAAAGGCAUCCCGGCUACGGACCUAAAGGUUUCCGCCAAAGCUGUCCUUUUAAAUCCCAAAUCUGGACAAAAGAUGGUAAUGGCCAAAGCGCGAACGAAAUCGGGAGCAGAUAUAAGAAUACCAUUAAUUAAAUUCAAAAACUCUGGAAUGAAAAUUGUUUCUGAAAGCUCUCAAUCAACUUUACCGAUUAGUAAAUCGGCAGUGAUGACUGCCACAUCGCAAUCAGUAGCGAGUAGCACAAUUCCAAAUAGCCCUAAGAUAGUUAGCGUGGAACCCAUCAAAACAGCAAACUUGGCUGAUAUAGUACCUGUUAAAGGCUUAGCGCCUAUCACAACCACGAAAAUCACAAAUCCUAUAGUCAGGCCGUCAAGUACUAAAGGGAGCGUGAUUGUGGUACAAAAAGGCACAACGUUGAGCAAAGCAUUGGCAUUGGCGAAAAACGGAGGUGAUGUAUCUAAAAUAAUAAUGGGAAAAAAUGUGAAUCAACUGUUACAAGCUUCAAAGGUAGAACAGUCAGAUGGCAGCAAAUCGUCGGGUAACGUUAUCGUUCUGGAGUUAAAUAACGACCAGUCCGGUAGAACCACGACGAUGUCCGAGAUAUUGGACAGCCGUACGGUCGGCAGAAAUACAGAAGAAAAUAAGCAAUCGUCUAGCAUAACCCAAGAUACACCGGUAUUGUUCGACAAUCGAAUGACAGAAGAGACUUGCAAUGCUAGCAGCUUAGAUUCUACCGCAGAAAGUAUAAGCAGUAUUAAUCCUAUGGAAGAACCAAUUUUGUCAGUAAUCGACAAAGUGCACAACAAAGACCCCGAUGCAGCUAAAGACUCUUCGAGUGCCACCGAUUGGGAGAUCGAAUUGGAUACAGUUUCGAGAAAAGAUAAAGAUGAUGACGAUAAACUAAAUUCACUACACCUAGAUUUGGGUAUGUCCAGCGACAGUGAUAAUGAGUACAUGUCAACCGGUCACAAGACCAAGAGUAAACGAUUGGUACAAGAAGAUAAUUCGCGAGCUACGCCUACUGGGGAAAAUAGUGCGUUAUACACGAGCGCGAGUGCCAUGUCUCUCGCGACUCGCACGCUGCUCAGUCAGCUACAAGACGACGGGUCGUCUAGUAACGACUCCUCGUUCGCGCUCAAAGCUAAAAUCGAUAAAUUAAAAGACGAUCCGAAGAUCGAUAGAACGGAAUGCGACGCUCUGUCAAAAGCUAAAGCGAAGCUCAGCGAGAAGGUCGCCGAAGCGAAAUCUCAACAAAAACGGAUAGACAUCUACAGCACGGCGAUCACAACGACGGACAUAAACUUGGACUCGUUUUCGUAUUUAGACGAGACCAUGUUGGUGGGGGACGACGUGUUCGCGAGCGACGACGCCAAGUCGCGGGAGCUGCGCCGCGCCGACACGCUGGACGACCAGCUCAGCCGGCUGCUCGGCGAGGACUCCGCCAACUCGACUGAUUCACAAACUGUAAGUGAAAGUUUGCCUUUAAACAAAUAAGCAAUAAUUUAGUUUUAAACGUACAUAGGUGAAAUAUAAUAUUUUUACCAUUCUUGUUUUUAAAUAAUUUAGUGAGUAAAUAUCGGACAUAAAAUGUGAAGUGAUUGAACGGCUAAAGUGACCCGAACAUGCCUUAUGAUUUACUUUCGCGUCGCUAAUUCUAAACAGAGUUGUGUUUUUCUGCCUGCACGAAAAAGAGGCUAAAUUAAAGUAGUGUACCAAAUCAGUGUGAUAAAAACAUGACGCGGAUCUUCCUUUAAAAAAAAGGUUAAAAUGUUAUUGUUAAUAAAUUAAUGAAUAAUUUUGGAUAUAACAAGAGGAAAGAGACAAUUUGCUUGCGCUUGCAAGCAUCAUCCGAUAUUUAAGAAAGCAAUAUUUAAAGUGUUCGGAAGAGAUAAAAUAAUGUAAAAUAUUGGAAAUGUAUGUAUAGUGUGAAUUAAUGCAACAUGUCAUUGUGUAUUCACGUAGGCAUGACAAGAACGUGCAUUUUUAUUCUUUAUUUGUAACCAGAUUCAACACUGAAUUUUUGGAUUAGUUAUGUACCCGCUAAAUGUUUGUUACUGUUUAUAUUUAGAACAGUUUUGCUUUUAAAAUAAUUUAAACUUCUCAAUACUUUUGAUUCAUUAAAUUUAAAGCUGAGCGAAUAUGUAAAAAUACUGAUUCAUCGGUUCUAAUACUUAGCUAUAUUUUUAAAACAGAAAACCAUUAAAUUGAGUUAAUUAAUUUGGAAUAACAAUAUAGAAAAGUCAACGGAAAGGUUACAUGCUCUAAAAAAUAUAAACGUAAACCACCAUUUGCAAUUACAUUGUUUAAUUCGGGGAUUUUAUUAUUGUCUGGUUUUAAUAUUUUUAAUUCUAAGAUAUACCUGUAACGCACAAACUAGAAUAGGAUUUUGUUGUAAAAUUAUGAAUUUAUUUAUUUAUCACAUUAUGUUUUAUAUUAUUAUGCAAUAGAUCUGCUAAUGGAAUAUACUUCGUGUUAAAGUUUAUAAUACAUGUUACAUAUUCUUGUUAUUAUUUGUAAUGUGAAUUUUUUAUUGUACGUAAGUAUAUUCACUCAUAACAGUUUUAGCCAAUUAAAUUCAUUCAUUAAAGUUGUAAAUUUACUUUUCACUAAGAAAAUUCUUUAAAGAAAAGAAAAAUCAUUUAUCGUUAAAAUUAAAUAUCCUUUUAUCCGAAAUUUCCAAAAGGGCAAUGUUUAUUACUUAUUUAUUAAUAAUAAAUCGGACUACAAAUUUCAUAUCAGAAAUAUAUUCAAAAUUGUAUUUCACAAGUUUAUUUCUACCAUUGGCAACACUAAUUUCGAACGUGUCAAUGUUGCCUUGAAUUUUUUUGUGAAUGUAUGUUUUGGAACUUACCUAUUAAAAGUAUUACUAAAUUUUGACCAUCCUUUAAGUGAUAAAGCAGUUAAGUGAUAUUUAGGUGUUAGAUGACAAGGCCUAAUUACGUAUAAACGAAACACGAGAGAGAAUUGAAUAUUUAUCUAAUAUUUAUGUGGUACGAUUAACUUAGAUGUAUUAAAGAUUGUUUUUCGCAUAUUACCGCUUCACGAAAGUCGUUUUUAGUAACGUUUUGAUCCAGAGCAUUAGUCUUCGACCCACAUACCAGAUAUAAUUAUGUUUAUAACUGAACAACAAAUAUAACUAAUUUAUUGUAAUUUGAUUUGUGAAUUUUUCGAAAUCACAAGAGCAAGGUCAGGCUUCUUUUUGGAUAUUUUUUUUUCUUUUAAUCUCAGCAAUUAUAAUUUUUAGAACACCUAUUUGAAAGAGAGUAUUUUGAAAAUUGUCGCAUGGUUAUUUAAAUCAUACAUUAGAAUCACAACUCAAUUUAAAAAGUACAUGUGUUGCCUUUAACGUCGGAAAUGCCACAGUAAUUAUAGAAACAUAGUUAUAGAAUAACAAUUCUCUCCUUGUAAACAUAUAUUUUCUAUCAGCCUUUAACGCUCUCAUUGACUCCAAUCUGUACUUUUUCUGAAAAUAAAUAUAUUGUUUUGAAUAGAUUAACUUAUUGCAUCCGACAUAUUCAUGAAAAUAUUGAUUCGAGCGUAAAGGCUAACUAGAAAAACGAUUUUCGUGAAAUCUAGAUUAAAGUGUAAACAUAUCCGAUGUAGAGAACCAUUCCCAAAGAACGAAUUAUUUGUAAUGCAAAACUAAAAAUCUCUAUUGAAAAAUGAAUUAUAUUAGUGUAUUUUGCUCUCUACAUUAAGUAAACUCAAUUCGGUUGACGCGUGAUCCAAUACGCGGUAGACACUUACCUACCUUCUCUUUAGGGCAGAGGUUCCCAAACUUAUUUUGUCUACUGCCCACUUCGAGAAUAAAUUAUUUUCUAGCGCCCUCAUUUUUUUGCUUACUAAAAACCACUAAAGCGAGAGCUCAGUCGGUGUCUAAGAGUCCUUCUAGAUGAAAUUACAAAUCGCCUCCUUAGCCUCUACACAACGCCCCCAUUUUUUUUCUGGGUCUCUUACCCCCCCCCCCCCCUUAGGCCUGCAGCGCCCACAAGGGGGUGUUAUCACCCACUUUGGGAAAGGCCGCUUUAUGGUACCUGUCCACCAGAGCAGAGCGGAGAAACGAAGAAAUAUUAACCAAUAAGGUUGCACAAAAUCAAAAUCAUAAGAUUGCAAAAUGAUUGUAUGCAAUCUUAUUGGUUAAUAUUUUUCCGUUUCUCCGCUCCGCUGCCUCGUUACGCUCCGAUGGACAGGCACCCUUAGAAUGGUUCACGAAAACGAUUUCUCGAAAUGAAAAGAAAUUCAGUCUUGUAUUUUUUCCCCAUAAAUAACAUUUUUGCGGUUGCACUUUUUCUUUUCUUCUCGACUCUUUAUUUCUAAACUGUAAUCUCUAGAGAAAUUAUUUAGCGACAGUCCUUAAAAAAAUCGAAUGUGUUAAUCUUGAAAUGUUGAAAUCAUGAAUAACCGAUCUUAUGCUGUUGAGAUUUAAGCUUAAAUUAUAUAGUAUAUUAAUAGUGUUUCCGUUCAUAUUAAAAGUGUUCUCGUUAUAGCUUUGGAACUGGUUCCCUUACAUCCAGCAUACGCGAUGUAAUGUCAUUAUACAAGGUGCUGUAAAUACUUACGUUUAUUUAUUACUUCAUAACUCGUAGUAACAAUUUGUCCGAAUUGUUACCGUAACAAAACUGCCCAGUGUGGUUGAUAAACACAUUGUUUUACCUUUUGUAUCGUAAGAUAAAUUAAAUAUCUUUAUCCGUGUGCAUAAAAUGUUAAGCAAUAUUAGAUGUUAUACUCCGCGUAUAGAUUUAUAAUGUUAAUGUGUAAAUGGUACAUAUUUCUUGCUUUAAAAAAUAAAUAAAUAUAAUAAUUAAAUAAUGUUUAUUGCAUUCUAAAGGAUUUGUGCCAUGGACGUCGGAUAGUUCGUACUAUGACAAAAUUUUGUAAAUAAUAUUUUUUCGAUAUAUAUGACAGGUGUCGAAUUAGGUUUUAUUAGUGAUUUUGUAUCAUAAUGAUAAUAGAAUUGUAUGAGACUUGCAUUUUUGGACGUGUUCGUUGUCUUCUAAUACUGAUUUAGUUUAGUGAAAUGUUAUUAGGUUUUUUUUCGAUUGUGAAUGAUGCAGGUGAAUUAGUUUAGGAAAAUUGGUUACCACAAGAAGUGCGGGCAGGCGUGUGCCCGUUACAGUGGUCGUAAAUCUUUUGUAUAGUGUAAUUGUUGAAUUCGUAAAGCAACUGUUCAUCUGCGUCCAUUUUCUUCUAUCAAGUAAGACGUUUUGAUUUGUUUUGUCGGCUGUAAAUAUUUUGCGUAGUAAAUAAAUUAAUUAGAAUCACAACAGACAAACGUGUUAAUACAAUGUCAGUGUUUUUGGCAGACAAGUUUUAUUUUAUCUACUUAUUUUAACGAAUAAAACCAUUAAUCAUACAAA